GUGUCACAAAGAAAGUGGUCAUGUUUUUGUUCACUUGACUACAAGGUAAAGUCAGAAAAUGUUUUUUGUUUUGUUUUUUUCAGCAGAGAUGUCCUCCCAGGUCAGACUGAUGCUGCUGCCGAAUGCCAGGUGUUUUUUUGAUGAUCCUGUUCAGGUGACGGUGACUGGACUGAGGUCAAAGCAGCUAGUCACCAUGAAGGCCAGAUCAACUGAUGAUAAAGGAGUGAUGUUCAGCUCCUCGGCCACCUACAGGGCAGAUGGGAGCGGGGAGAUCCACCUGGACAGAGACCCCUCACUCAGUGGGAGCUAUGUUGGGGUUGAACCCAUGGGUCUGCUGUGGUCAAUGAAGGCAGACACUUUGCACAAACGGCUCCAUGAGAAAAAUCCGUUAAUCCCCUACGUGGUGAAAUUCUCAGUGCAUGAGGAGGAGGAGGGCAGCAUGCUGGCAGAAGUGAUCAACGAAAGGUUUGUGAUUGGAGACGGGGUCAGCAGGGAUCAAGUCAAAAAAGGGAACAUCCAUGGGGUCCUGUUUACUCCCCCAGGAAGAGGUCCGUUUCCUGCCGUGUUGGAUCUGAGCAGCAGUAGAUCUGAGAGAAGAGCCUGUCUGCUGGCCAACAAAGGGUUUGUGGUUCUCUCUAUAACUUUGUACAAUGACAAGCCUGCCAAUCUCAAAGAAAUACAUCUGGACUAUUUGGAAGAAGCAGUGGAUUUCUUAAAACAACAUUCUAAGGUGGGCAGUGAAGGAAUUGGUGUAUUGUCAAGAUCAAAGGGAUCAGAUAUUGCUCUUUCACUUGCUGCUUUUGUGCCAGGUAUUAAGGCUGUAGUGUGGAUCAAUGGCUGCAACGCCAACGUAGCUUUACCUCUGUCCUACAAGAAACGUCAGAUCCUCCCACCAUUACUGUUAAAUUUAACGAAGCUCAUUCCCACUCAGUCAGGGGCCCUGAAUGGCAAGUAUGUUCUUGAUAAUCCACUGGCAGAAGAGAACAAGGACACCCUCAUUCCCAUUGAACGAGCCAAAGGCCAUUUCCUCUUUGUGGCUUCAGAGGACGACAUCAACUGGGACAGCAAGGCUUACAUGGAUGACAUGGUGGAGAGAUUGAGGCGUCAUGGGAAGGAGAACUUUGAGAGUGUGUCUUAUCCUGGAGCUGGACACCUACUGGAACCACCUUAUGGACCCCACUGCUACUCCUGCUCACAUAUCACUAUUAGUAAACCAGUCGUGUGGGGGGGUGAGGCCAGGGCCCACGCAGCAGCUGAAGUCCACCUGUGGAAAAAGAUCCAGGAGUUCUUUAGAACUCACCUGAGCUGUGAUGCUGCACAGAUAAAAGCCAUGUUAUAGAUGCAAGUAAGCUGACCAAGUAACAAAAAACUAAGUCAUGACAUAACACCUGCCAGUUAAUCAAAAAUAAUGAUGUGUUACAGUUUAAUUCUUUGUGAUUAAUUGAUCAUUUUGCACAUUAAAAGGCUAUAACCAAUCACAACCUGCUACAAGCCAUGUUGAAAAUGUGUGCUUGGCAU